UGGUAGGAAUAGCGAUGACGGAGAUGAAGAUACGGUAAAGCGAGAAGAAUGGCGAUCUUAUCCACAAUAUUUAUCGCAUUUAAUGACUGAAUCUGUUGCCUUCCGAAUCAGGAGACAUUCGCCGUGAUCUCCUCCUCCACCGCCCCUUUCCCUCACAUUCCGGAUCCCGUCGCCUUAAAAAUCCCAUCUUUUCCCUUCUUUCCCUCCCGCGCCUGGAGAAGAUUGAUCGAGGCAGACAAUAGUCAUUCAUGGCAUCGAUUCCUUGCAGUUUCUACUACCAAGUCCCCUCCUCCGUCACCUUCCCGCCUGCUGCUUCUUCCUCCGACGAGAAUUUGAGCUCUCCGUUCGACGUCCUGCGCCGGCGGCUCUGCUGCUUCGGCGCCAAGGUCACGCCGGACGAGGGGGGAUCCAGUGCCUUUUUCUGGCUCCGCCUCCGGAAUCGCGUCGUCACCGCCGGCCCCAUGACGCGGGAUGAUUUUGAUCGGGACGAUGUCCGGCAGUACUUCACUCACAUGAGAAUGGCUGAGAAUAUACAAGCACUGCUAAACCUAGACGUUCAUCCUGUGGAUAUCUUGCUGAUGCUAGCUGCCUCUAAUGGUGACGUGCCUAAGAUUGAGGAGCUGAUGAGAGCAGGUGCCAGGUACGAUGUGAGGGAUGCAGAUGGAAGGACAGCUUUGGAUAGGGCAUCCACCAACGACCAGAUCAAAGAGCUAAUCUUAGGUUAUUCUGUUUAAAAUGUCUGAACUAGGAUUCGACUGAUCAUGCUGUUUUUUAAAUUAGAUUAUGCUGUUGUCUUUUA